CCAAGCGACAACCAAAAAUACCAAAAACACAGAUAUGAGAAUCCCAUUCUUCACGGCUGAUUUCUCAGCCGAACAAGAGAGGAAGAAGAAACUCGCAGAGGAGACCGUGAAGAAACGUGAGGAUGAAGCCCCAAUAACGGCACUUAUCGAGAAACACUUCGAUACGGUUUUACACACGGCGAUAUUGACUUCAGCAGUCCUUGGGAGUGUCUACUUCUGGAGAAGAAAUCUGAGGAGGUUCCCGACUGCAAAUCAUGUGACGCCAGAGUUAAUUGCGAGGAAGAAGCCGCUCGUAGGAUACGUCACGUCUGUUGGCGACGGGGACAAUUUCAGAUUCUAUCAUACCCCAGGAGGCUGGCUUACCGGUUGGCAUUGGCUACGGAAAAUACCUACAGGUCAAAAGGCUCUCAAAGAUCAAACGAUACAUGUACGACUAGCAGGCAUUGAUGCUCCAGAAUGCGCACAUUUCGGCAAACCCGCCCAGCCAUACUCUGCUGAAGCGCUAGCCUGGCUGCGGGGUAAGCUCCUAAACCGACGCGUACGUGUGCAACUCUAUCAACGUGAUCAAUACACUCGGGUCGUUGGGAUGUGCUGGUAUUGGAAGUGGGGUAUAUGGAAGCAGAACGUCAGUUUGGAGAUGCUUCAGGUAGGGUUGGCGACGGUGUAUACGAGUGCGGGGAGUGUAUAUGGAGAGAUUGAGCAGGAUUUGCUGAAAGCAGAGAAGACGGCAAGGAGCAAGAAGGUGGGCAUGUGGAAGCUGGGUGAGAAGUAUGAGAGUCCUGCAGCUUACAAGCAGAGGACUGGACAGGCGCCCGACAAUCAAACCUUUUGACUCCAUUAAAAACGACGGAACCCCGAAAACCCAUAGGAAUAGAACUUGCCGCGUAA